UUCCAAAAUCAAACCAUACCAAUAAAAUUUCUAGUCCAACGUAAUAACACCUUCAUAUUUUCAACUUUCCCAGCUGCCCCCAAUCCUUUUAUAUAGACUCGUGCAUCGCACUCAUUUGAAAGACUUCUCUAGCUAAUUUCCUCACAUAUAUUUCUCUCAUUUUAUAUUUAUGGACAGAGGAUGGGGCCUCACCCUUGAGAAUUCCGAGUUUUUUGCAAACAAGCCCGUUUUCGAUCAUCGUCAUAGGAGCGGAUUGGUUAUGUUUCCGAGCCGCAGAGAAGAGUCGCCCGACCACCGGGAAGUGGACUUCUUCGCUGAGAAAACGAAGAAGCCGCUUGUCAAGAACGAAGACUCGAACCCUGAACCGUCGGCCGCUAGAGAUUUCGACGUUAACAUUGGUUUGCAACUUGUGACUGCUAAUACCGGAAGCGACCAGUCCACGGUGGACGAUGGCGAGGGUGAAGAUAAGCGAGCCAAGAGUGAGCUAGCACAGCUUCAAGCUGAAUUGGAGAGGAUGAAUGUGGAGAAUCAGAGGUUGAGAGGGAUGCUUAGUCAGGUCAGCAGCAACCACGCAUCGUUGAAGAUGCAUCUCAUGACGAUGAUGCAACAAAAGGCUAGCACCCAAGAACAAGAGAUCACCGAAGAGAAGAAGGAGAAUGGCGGCGGCGCAAGACAGUUCCUAGAGCUAGCUCCCGAGCAAUCGAAUUCCGUGUCGGAAGAAAGAACGGUGUCGGGAUCGCCUCAGAAUAAUAUCGACGCGACGAGGAGUAAGAGAUCCGGCCGGGAGGAGAGCCCCGAAUCCGAAAGCUGGGCCCCGGGAGCGAAGAGAUUGAAUCCGACCAACGCCAAUCAACAAUCCAUCGAGGCCACCAUGAGGAAGGCCCGUGUCUCAGUCCGAGCUCGUUCAGAAGCCCCCAUGAUAUCUGAUGGAUGUCAGUGGAGAAAAUACGGCCAAAAAAUGGCGAAAGGGAAUCCGUGCCCCCGAGCCUACUACCGUUGCACGAUGGCGGUCGGGUGUCCGGUCCGCAAACAAGUGCAAAGGUGCGCCGAGGAUCGGACAAUUUUAAUCACAACGUACGAGGGAACGCACAACCACCCGUUGCCACCGGCCGCCAUGGCCAUGGCGUCCACCACAUCCGCAGCCGCGAGCAUGCUCCUCUCCGGCUCGAUGCCGAGCGCCGACGGGCUAAUGAACCCCAACUUUCUCGCCCGAACCAUCCUCCCUUGCUCCUCAAACAUGGCCACAAUCUCCGCAUCAGCCCCUUUCCCCACCGUCACUCUCGACCUCACCCAAUCGCCCAACGCUCUACAAUACCAACGGCCGCCGCCGCACUUCCAAGUCCCGUUCCCCGUCUCCGCGCCUCCGGUUUUCGCCCAACCCCUGUACAACCAGUCCAAGUUUUCCGGCCUCCAAAUGCCCAAAUCCGCCAACGAAGCGCCGCAGCUGCCGGCGCCGGCUCAGCCGUCCUUCACCGACACAGUUAGCGCGGCGACGGCCGCGAUCACGGCCGAUCCCAACUUCACGGCCGCCCUCGCCGCCGCGAUCUCCUCCAUCAUGGCGAAUAACGGAAACCACACUCCCAGCAGCAACAACGACAACAACAACAACAACAAUAGCUAACCCUAACGUAAAUACAUAAUUAGAAAGUUUUUUCGACAAGGUGUUAGUUAAUCGAAGUGUUCGAGUUCUUCAUUUGUUGUUACACAGUCAUAAUUUCGUCCGAGUUCGUGUCAGAUAGUUUUUCCUUUUUUUGUUUCGGGUAUAGAAUUCUGGGCGUAGAUACACUGGAAUUAACAUGUCCAUAUUAGUUUUGUCAUUGUAAUGUUUAGGACACAAAAAUACAUUCUUUUCCUUAUUA